CUUGGCACUCAAUACCAACAGCCACAACAAAAACUGAAAUUGAUCCCCGGCAGUUUGGUUGUUGGACUCAAAAUUAUUAUUCUACGUAGAAGAGUUUGUUUGGUUAUCCAUUGAACGUUUUCUCUUUAAUUUUGAAGUCGUUUAUUAUUCAUAAAAUAUCAAUAACAUGCAGUAUAUAAGAUAUACGAGAAAUCUGUUCCUCAGAGGCAUAGCAGUUGUUAAUUUGUUAGCGUUUAUAUCACUUUAUAUUCAGAAACCAGGUUUAUAUGGAGAUAAUGGUAUUUUUCCUGUGAAAAAUGCUUUAACUAAUGAAAGUCCGAAGUUGUUGGACAAAUUUAACUCAAAGCCUACAUUACUUUGGUUUUCGUCAGAAAUUGGACUGAAUACAGAUUAUAUGUUUGAUUUAAUAACUUUAGUUGGAAUUAUAUUUUCUUUCCUUGGAUUUGUGUCACAGAAAGCAUGUAACAAAUUUGUAUUUUUCAUCCUAUGGAUCUCAUAUUUGUCUUUAUACAAUGUUGGCCAAAUCUUUAUGUCUCAUUUAGUUGAUGAAAUUCUUUUAGAAGUUGGUUUAUUAUCUAUACUGGUAGCUCCAUUUUUUCAUCCUAGCCGUAAGCCUGUAUCAAAAAAACGCAAUUUACGUUCACAAACAUCUUUAGCAUCAUCACCAUAUGAUGCUAUUUCAUUCUGGCUUGUUAGAUGGUUACUAUUUAGAGUAUCAUAUUCUGCUGGUAUAACAAAAAUGAGUUCAAAAUCUCUAGUUUGGUAUGACUUAACAGCUAUGUCAAAAUUUUUUGAAAUUAUGCCUCUACCUAGCUAUAUUUCAUGUUAUGUUUACAAUUUUCCAUUGUGGGUAUUGAAAUCUUUAACAGUAUUAGCUGAAGUCAAUGAAAUAUUUUUACCUUUGUUGUUUUUGAUACCUAUAGGAUCGGUUAAAAAAUUGGCAUUCUACAUUCAAAUGACAGUUCAGUUUCUGAUUUUUGCUACAGGAAAUUUCGGUUAUUACAAUCUUUUGUAUAUUGUACUCUGUUUAUCUUUGUUAGAUGACCAUACUUUUUAUAAAGAACUAGCUUUAACUAAAAGUAGACAAUGGUGUUCUUCAAUAUUUACUAGAUUAAUGACCCUCAAUGCAGUUGUACUUUUAGUAGCUAUUAUUGCAAUGUUGUAUAAUUUCAGAAUUACUCCUGGAAAUACACCUGAUUUCAAAAUAGCGUUUACUCCUAAUCAAUUUAAUAGUGUAUUGCAGAAAAGUCUCCCUAUAAUAGGAUAUUUUGCAUUAGCUUCAUUCGGCUUAGAAUGUUUAAAAUCAAUCUAUGCAUCUCUACCUACAAAGUCUAAAACUGGUGGAUCAUUAUCAGCAUUAAUAUCAGCUACAUUUUAUGUUGCAAUAUGUUUAGGUUUGUUUUCCUUGAGCUCCGUUAAUUUCUCAGCUCUUCACCCAUCUGUCAACAAUACUAUUCCAAGGGAUUUAAAAUUGUUUUAUAAUAAAUUAUCUCCUUACAAACUGAGCAAUUCUUAUAUACCUCCUAAAGAAUUAUUAAAUUUUGAGUCUCGUAAAGAAAUAGUAUUAGAAGGAGCCAGUGAUCUCAAAGGACCAUGGUAUGAGUAUCAAUUUGUUUAUAAGCCUAGUAGUGUCAAUGUAACACCACCUAUUAUAGCUCCAUAUAGACCAAUGAUUGAUGAAGAAUUCUUCUAUGCUGCUUAUACACCAUCAGUUCAAAAUCCUUGGCUAUUUAGUGUUAUAUAUCGUCUGCUAAAUAACCAAAAAGAAGUUUGCAACUUAAUUAAUCCUAAUCAAAUAAAUUUUGUAAAAUCCCCACCAAAGUUUAUUAAGGCAUCAUUGUAUAACUAUAAAUAUGCAUCAAAUGUUCAAAGAAAUAGAGGUGUAUGGUGGACAAGACAAUUGGUUUCGGAUUAUAUUGCACCACUGGAUAAAAAUAGUCAAGUACUUUUGGACACUUUAAAAUCCCACAAGAUAUUGUUGAAUAGAACGUCUAAAGCUGUGAAUCCACUUUGGAAACAAAUUCUUGAUCAAUUGCGAUUGCUUCAACUUGCCAUAGCAGAUCCACGAAUUUUAAUUUCUGCAUUUUUAAUUGCUGGUCUAAUUAUUAUCAUAAUACCUGGCGGAGGUUCCGCUUAAAUAAAAUAUUUUGUGUUAUGGAUUAGACUUGAAUUUUUAAAAUUUUUAGUUUUUCAUAGAAUUAUCUGUUACCUUGAAAAUGAAAAGAUCUGUACCAACAGCUAAAGUAUUAAAUUAUUAUAUUUUAUUCAUUUUGUAUGUAUUGUAUAUACACUUUUUUAUAUUAUGUUUACUUUGUUUUACAUUUUUUGAAUUAUUUAUUUCUACAGUAUAAAAAAAAUACAUUUAUGAUAAAUAGCAAAUUAUAGUUAACAUUUAAUGUACGACAUAUUUAAAAAAGUACGAAGUAAAUGGAGUUAUUUUUAAUUACUUUUGGCAAAUAUAUGUGUAAUUAAUGUGUGAACCAUUUUUACAUUUUGUAUAGUAUAAAUGGAUAAUUUGAAUUAUAACUUAUUUGUGUAGUUUACAGUGUGUAUUUAAACAUUUUAAAUAAACAAACAUUUAUUUAUUUUUAA